CCGGCCAAGGAGAAUCGACUGUGGCCGUCUGUUUUGUCACUGCGAAGGGGGCGGUCUCGAUAUUUUAUUUUCAUUUUAUAUUUCCUUUAUUUAAUUUCUGAGUCUACGAACACAAGGAGACAGUGCAGCAAGCAAGCUAGCAAACACCGGAUCUGAUGGAAAAAAUAAGUUGACUGAUCUCUCCUGGAAGGCUGCUAUUCUAACUGCAGGAUAAAGGAAAUUUUUUUUUACGAAAUGAUCUGGAUUUCUGGAUAUGGGCUUCAGCGAGAAUCACGAUAUUUUUAAAAGGGAGCCUGGAGCACAGAUUUCCCCAAACACCUCAUCGACAACGGCAUCGGGAAAUCAACAAAUACAGACCAGCAUCACCUUAAUUAUCGCAUUUGCGGGUCACAUGGCCCGAUAAACCUAAUAUUUCCACCACUUGACUACAUUUAGAGCUAACCUACAGUUUCGAGUUUGUUGUACACGAACAUUCUUGUAUCUUGCAUAGCCGAAAACAAGUAGCCCAACUGAGACCAUAACAACUUCUGUGGAGUAACCUACAGUACAUGCUGCAGUUGGCGGUGCCUGCAGUGACGAUGGAUUUAUCAUGAAAAGGCAAAGAUGGGAGAAUCUGACAGAUGACCGCCUGGUUCCUAUGUGAUACGCGCAGAUUACCCUCUUUUACUGCAAAAAUGGGAAAUUGUCCUGGUUUUGUGAGUGGAGAGGGGAUAGCCACUUCCAACAUGUGGGAGAUCUAAGGCCGUGGAAUAUUUAUUUAUUGUGGGGGGAGAGGGGUUUUGUGUCGCAUUAACAUUAUUACCAUUUUAAUUAUUUUAACCAAUGAUCUUCAUUUGUGCGUAAAAUAGCAUUUAAAUGUUAAGUUCAUCCAUGCAGAUCUAUCUAGGCCUAUAGCUAAAUCAAACGAAGUAGGUCAGAUCAUUGUAAUUAGAAUGAAGCCGUGUAGGAAUUAGGGUUACCUUCAUAUACAAUUGACAACUAACGGGCUUACAUUUAUUUCAUAAAUAUAUUUCAUCUUAAUUUUAGAAUUUAUCCGGUUUAGUGUUGACGUAUUUGACCGUUUGGCUCCCAGCUGCCCUGCUUCCAUUCCCCCCAACUCGUCUUUACCGUUUAGCUGCUAAGACCUUUGAUAGGCUAGAGUUCCCUAUAUUUUUAUUUCCAUUUCUCCCUUCCUUUAUUCCGCCUUUCGAGUGCUGCUGUUGAGUGAAUGGCUUUGUGUGGAACCACGGCUUCCAACGCCGCAAAAAUGAUGGCUGCAUACAACGGUGGCGCGUCGGCGGUGGCAGCACAUCACCCACAUCAUCACCACCAACUAUCGCAUGUGCCACCACACCAUCUCCAACACCAUCAUCAUCACCCGGGGCAGCAUCACCUACACCCCGGUUCAGCCGCUGCAGUCCAUCCAGUCCAGCAGCACGCCUCUACAGCUGCUGCAGCAGCUGCUGCCGCUGCGGCGGUAAUGCUGAACCCGAGCCAGCAACAACCGUACUUUCCUUCGCCAGCUCCUGGACAGGCCCCCGGUCCCGCCGCGGCUGCGGCACCGGCCCAAGUUCAGGCCGCAGCGGUCAAAGCUCAUCACCAUCACCAACAUUCACACCUCUUACAACAGCCUCUGGAUAUCGAGCCCGACAGACCAAUUGGAUACGGAGCAUUUGGAGUAGUAUGGUCAGUUACGGACCCAAGGGACGGAAAGCGGGUUGCCCUAAAAAAGAUGCCCAACGUCUUCCAGAAUCUCGUCUCCUGCAAGAGGGUCUUCCGUGAGCUGAAGAUGUUGUGUUUCUGUAAACAUGACAAUGUCCUCUCUGCCAUCGACAUCCUGCAGCCGCCGCACAUUGACUACUUCGAGGAAAUCUACGUGGUGACAGAGCUGAUGCAGAGCGACCUCCACAAGAUCAUCGUUUCCCCACAGCCUCUCAGCUCCGACCACGUCAAGGUGUUCCUCUACCAGAUACUGCGAGGACUGAAGUACCUCCAUUCUGCUGCCAUUCUGCAUCGAGACAUCAAACCUGGAAAUCUGCUGGUCAACAGCAACUGUGUGCUCAAGAUCUGUGACUUUGGCCUGGCUCGAGUGGAGGAGCUGGACGAGUCACGGCACAUGACCCAGGAGGUGGUGACCCAGUAUUACAGAGCCCCCGAGAUCCUGAUGGGAAGCCGUCACUACUCCAACGCCAUCGACAUCUGGUCUGUGGGCUGCAUCUUCGCCGAGCUCCUGGGCCGACGUAUCCUGUUUCAGGCACAGAGCCCCAUCCAACAGCUGGAUCUGAUCACUGAUCUGCUCGGAACACCCUCUCUGGAGGCCAUGAGGACUGCGUGUGAAGGAGCCAGGGCCCAUAUCCUCAGGGGUCCCCACAAACAGCCAUCACUUCCUGUCCUGUACACCUUGUCCAGCCAGGCCACCCAUGAAGCCAUUCACCUCCUGUGCAGAAUGCUGGUGUUCGACCCAUCCAAGCGGAUUUCGGCAAAGGAUGCACUGGCCCACCCUUACUUGGACGAGGGACGGCUGCGGUACCACACCUGCAUGUGCAAGUGCUGCUAUACCACCUCGUCCGGUCGGGUCUACACCAGCGACUUCGAGCCCAUCACCAGCUCCAAGUUCGAUGAUGGCUUUGAGAAGAACCUGACCUCCGUACGGCAGGUGAAAGAGAUCAUACACCAGUUCAUCCUGGAGCAGCAGAAGGGCAGCCGGGUGCCGCUGUGCAUCAACCCCCAAUCUGCAGCCUUCAAGAGCUUCAUCAGCUCUACGGUAGCCCAGCCAUCUGAGAUGCCCCCUUCUCCCCUGGUGUGGGAAUAGACUGAACUGAACACACCACAAGCCCACCCCCUAGCACACGGCAGACUACUGAAGACAUAGCAGAACUACGUAGCAUUUCACUGGAGUCUAGAACUAGCAAUGUCGAUCACGUUUGUACUGUAAUAUUUACUGAUGAAGUUGAUAAAAGAAUAAACCACUUAUGACAGGGAUGGAGAGGGAGGGGUGUGGGGGGGUAUAUGCGUAUGUGAGCUUUUACAUGAAUCUGAGGGUGCGUAUUAGUGCGAUGCAUAUCUGCACGUAAACACGUACGCUAACGCGCAGAUGCCAGUGAGGCGUAACGAGGGGCCUGUGCAUUCAGAUUUAUGUGAAGGAGAGGCUCCGAACCCACAGGGGGCGACGAAGAUCCAGAAAGCGCCAGGACUGGCCCUGUGACUCGCCGGCAGAAGACCGUGUCCGAAGACCACGUCCGAAGACCGUGUCACCUUCGCGCCUGGCCAAGAGAUGCGUCGUUCCCUUCCGUGACCCUGUCGGCCCUGCAUAUGAUCCAUGGACGGUGGUGCGUUUCAAUGUUGUUUACUGUUAUACAGUACAGUCUAGUUUCUCCGUCGCACUUUGUUCCUUCUCUCCCAGCUUGCGCGGUGCAUGUCUGGGGCAACAGCUGAGGGUAACAAGAUGGAGCCACGCAGCAUGUGACCUGGUUGGGUUUGAGUGCAGACACCUGCCUCAUGUGAGCAGCAGAGACCGGUCCAGUGGCUUUGAACGUGGUUUUUCCCUGUCCUUCCUCAAACCCUGUAGGUACAACACACAGUCUGAGUCUGAGGCUGUAUUCCAGGCCCUUUUGCAGCUGUACUUAACAAAGAACAUGGUCCCCACAGCACUAUCAGCUCUACUCAUAUGCAGUGUAUUAAUACAAAAUGGUCACCCCUAGUCCUGCAUGUGGUUUUAUUUAUUUUUUUAAUUGUUUACUGUUCCACCCUUCUGUAGCAUCAAGCAACUCUUUAGCAGUCCAAGGGCCCCUUAUCUGUAUGUAAACGCAAAUCUGGUCGUAGAAGGAUGCAAAAGCGGCACCGCAAGUCAAACCAAAAUAAUUUCAAAAGGAAGAACCUGCUGAAGAUAGCAGAGGUUGUUGGUGAACCAUUUCUAGACCAUAGUACGUAAAUUAUUUUCCCGAUCUCGACUGAAGGAUUGAAAAGUUUUCUAUGUAUGACCAAUGAUGUCUGUGACUGGCAGCGACUGUCACCCGUUGGAGAGGGGUGUCUCUUGGUGCUCGAAUUGUUGCUUCUGUGUCCCACCAAGCAGAAGUGAGCCACUGCAGUGUGCUGUUCUGCAGGGUGGGGUGGAGUUGGGGUACAAUGCUGCCAGUAUUCUGGGUGUAUUCUGGGUGAGAGACUUCGUUUAUAUAGAGGAGUAACAUCUGCUUUUGUUCUCUGUGUGACCGUGGACCGAUACGUUCACGUUUAUGUACAUACAUCCAUUACUCUGCUUGCAACUGCUCAGAAACACCCUCAGAACUUAAUUACUCAGUGUAUUUUUAAUAUUGUUGUUCUUUUCAAACUUCAUGAAAUGCAUUCUCAUGGCCUAUGAAAUAUUAUGUAAAUACAUUAAUAAUGGAUGAGUUUACAGGGAAGGGGUGGCAGAAGUCGAUGAAAACUCAAGUACUGCUGUAUAGAAGGUUAAUUAGCCUGUACAAUUUUAGAGCUGUGAAUUUAAUCUUAUUUUUAAGAAGCAUUUAUGGGAUUAAGCAGAAGUCAAUAUACACUUGUAUACAAAGACAAUUGCAACAACUUUUAAAAAAUGUUGCUGUGAUCUACAGAUGUGUGAGCAUGUUGCUGUUCUUCAGCGUAAAUGUUCAAAACCUUUCUGGUGUGACGAUUAUGUACCUCUGUACAACUGUAUAGUGACUUUGUCCUUCACCUUUCAUAUGUCGAAAUGUCAGUCCAUUUCUCUUUCAUUUAUUCAAUAUCCUGCACUGGAAAGUGUAAAUAAGAAGUUAUUGAGAGAAGAAAAAAGCAGAAAUGGAAAUGCAUAACCAAUCAUGUUAAUUGUAUUUGUGUGUUCUCCUGAGAUGUGGAAAUGAGUACUGAAAAAUUAUUUCUUUUUAUAUUUGUUUUGCUUUAUUAUUGCAUUAUUAUUGUUUAAUUUGUUUAAUUCUCCGGCUCUAGAAAAAAACCCCCACUGAAUUAUUGUGUCUAUAUGUAUAUAAUGGGUUGACAUUAUUGGUCUCUACCUCUUGAGCUUAAUGACUUGGUUAUUUUCCUCCACGUGUUUUUCAUUUUAAAGUGGAGAUGUAAAACUUGAAUGUCCCUUAAGCUUUUAUAUUUAAAACAAAAAAGCAGUUUUUUCACCUGUAUGGACAACAUAAGAUUGAAAAAACAAAUCUCUGUAUUUACAGUAAAAUCCUUUGUAAAUGGUUUUUGGACUGUUAGACGUUAACAUAAAUCCUUACCUGUGUUUUGGGAUACAUGACCCUCUAACCUGUGGGACCUGAUGAUUAAAGUGGCUGUGUGGAGAUUGUGGCAUAUUUACUUUUACCAAUUCUGAAUUUGUACAAGAGUACAAGUGCAAAAAUGCAGUAACGUUUGAAUAAAGUUACCAAAACCAGACCAAAAUAAAAUGGUGUUUUGAGUGAAACUAACUUGAAUUCUGCAAAGUCCUUUGGAUGGAAUCUUAACUGGUACUAGUGCUUUCCAAGAUUUUUAUAUUUGAAGUUUAUAUUCAGAGGUAAUGGUAAUUAAGUACAUUUUGUCAAAUAGAGAAGUCCUGCUUUCCACACUUUACAGCAAACAAUGACGACUCCUUGGAUUCAUUUUGCUGUUGCUGGUGUCUUUCUAAAAUAUGUAGAUUUGAAGUACGGUGAAAAAAACAAAUUAAAUGUGAUAUUUAAGGAAAA